AUGUCACUUAUCAACGGUGUUUUCGCAACACAGAUUGCUGAGCGUGACUUGAAGUGGAAAAGGGCCAAUAGUCAUGACAUGGGGAACAAGAGUGAUCGAAUUGCACGCUGCUUUACCCAUAUAUACCAAGACUAUCGAGCAGAGUCGAUGAUUGGUCUGACCUGCAGCUAAUCCUCACCUUCAAGCGUAGUGAAGCCCAAGAAUCUUCUUUCAAUCUCGAUCUCAACUCUUCCCCUUCAACUAUUCCACUCCAACUCUUUCACUUCAACCCUUCCAAUUCAACUCUUCCACUUCAAUCCUUCCGUCUCACCAAUUCCGGCGCCCAGGAGUGCUAGACGACAAAUCUCUUCAAAAUGACACCCGGAGUUUUGUCGUUGAUGAUCAAGCUACUGAUACGACCAAAAAAAAGGAACUUGACGAAGUGAAGCAACAAAUCGAGGAAACAGAAUUCAAGCUCACCCAACUAAGCCUCCUCGGGGCCAAGGAGUCCAGGCAAAAGAUUUUGGAGCAAGAAGUAAACUCUGUAAGUUAGACAUUAUGAGUAUUGGAGCACCUUUACUGAUUAGAACUCGUUUUCUUGGAUUCAAGCGUAACUCAAGUGUGCUUUGGAGAAACUUCAACGUUCUCCGCAAGCCCGUGAUAUCAUCAAUGGCAAGAUCGAGUUUGAGUCGCCAGCUUUGUCCAGAGAAGACGUGGAAGCUAUAGAGGCUGAAGUUCAAUGUGAGAAGCUUCGCCUUUUCAAAAAGUUGAAGGUGAGUCUCGUCGAUCUAUCUUUCCGCCUGCGCCCAAUAUCAUCAAGUAAUCAAAACUAACCGUCAGAAGGAACUUCAAGCAGAGAAGGAGGUCAUCUUGGCCACAUACUUCUGCCAUGAACCGCGAUUUGAAUUUCCGACAUCAGAGGAUAGUGGCAGCCCCGCUCAUGUUCCGUCUGUUUCUGAUAUUGCUACCCGUUCACAAACCUCGUAUCUUGGUCUCCUUUUCGGGUAUUUCGGACGCACCAUAUCAAAGAGUGAAAAUCUAAGCAUUGAAGAAAAACAGCGUCUCGAAAACGAAAUCAACACCCUUAGAGCCAGCCUCACUACCCUUCAGCAGAUCCCCAAAGUUCUUAUGUGCCUUCUGUGCAACGAUUCUGAAGCUAGUUUCAAGGUCACGGAGUUCUUCAAGCAAAUAAAGGACACUUGUGGAGAGAAUCACGAGACGCAUCUCGACUUCUUGACACUUGUCGCAGGUCUUGUUGUUAUGCUAACUGAAUUGAGCGAGCUUGAAAGAGCCAGUCAGAAUCGAGAAGCUAUGCUCACUGAAGCCAAUAAGAAGAUUGAUUUUCUUGGGAGAAGAAUCAAAUUGAUGGCCCCUUUGUUCGACGUUGGCAAGGCAGUUCGUCUAGGCCACCUUGAAACAGUCAAGCGAAUUCGUUACGACGGCCAAUUCAUUAAGCUUAGAGGGACUCCGAAUAGGCAAAUUAUCGACGAACGGAACGCAGUGGCUCAUAACGGAAAUCCUAUGGCUGACUUCUCGUUAAUGACGUUCUGCAAGCUAGCGCUGACCGAACUGGAUCUGUUACGAGAUAUGUAUAGAAUGCCAAUACUCGUAAGUAGAACUUUCUGCGAAUCUUUGCUAAACUUCAUUCCAUGCGAUAAUUGGAAGGAAACGGCUGCUACACACGGCACCAUGUUUUCUUGUUAUGCCGAAACAAGUUUCACUCAUAGCAAGACAGAAGAGGUGAAAUUCAAGGGAUUGCACAAGGAACUCUUGGACCUUUUUUCCAAAUACUGCAAGGAAAGCUGUCCAGAAGACGCACCCAUCGACGCAUCGAAACCAGCACCAACGGGCGCAGUUCUGAAGAAUACACUCAAGAAAGUCGAGGAGGAUCCUGUAGUUAAGAAGAAUCUGGAAGAAAUGAGAAAGAUAGCCGACAAUUUCAGCAAGCUAGAGAGGAGGAGACUUCGUGCCAAUGACGACUUCUGA